UCAGAUGGAACAUAGUGAAGGCUUUGAAGUACACAAAAGUGUAAGUGAAAAAAGAAACUUGACUUGGAUUGAUGAAAUGGACAACUUUUUGGUUGAUCGAUUAAUGGAGCAAAUGUAUAAAGGGCAAAAGAUAGGAGGAGUCUUCACCAAGACAACUUAUACAACAGUUGCGCGAGAAAUUGGGGAAAAUUUUGAAUUGAGUUGUAACUCUGAGCACAUAAAAAAUAGAAUGAAAACUAAAAAAAAAAAAAAACUUUUAUACUGCUCAAGAAGUUUUACAAAAUGGUAGUGGAUUUGGUUUCAAUGAAUCAACUCAAAUGAUCGAAGCUACCACAAAAGUAUGGACUACUUACACUAAGGCACACCCAGGAGCAUCUCAGCUCAGAUACAAACCUAUUAGAAAUUAUGAUAAGUUGUCCAUUCUUCUUGGAAAAGAUCGAGCAACAGGAAGUCUUGCUGUAGGUGCAAAAGAAAGACAACUUCGUUGGGCCCAGGAACAAAAUUUGGAUGGCACAAAUCCAUUAGGAUCAUCACAACAUGGGAUCAGAGAUGAAACAUUUUCUUAUGUUGAAAAUGAAGCAACAACUGAGACAUCUUUCUCAUCUGCAGAUGCAUCUGUUUCUGCACCAAAGUCAAACAAGGAAACAAAAAAGCGAAAAGAAAAAUAUGCUGACAUUGUAAGUGAAAAAUUAAGGUCAAUUAGAGUUGGAAUGGAUGCAGUUGUUGCGGCUUUUGAUAGAAGCAACCCUCAAAAUUAUACAGAAGAGCAAUUGUUUGAAGAGAUUGCUAAGAUUGGAGGCAUGAGUGAUGUAUCUCAUAUGAAAGCAUAUCAAGCUCUUACUAGUGAUGUGAGUGCAGCUCGAGCCUUCCUUGCUUGUCCAAUUGAUAGACGUAAGCUUUGGUUGUCAGUUAAAUUUGGACCUACUCUUUUUGAUGCCUAA